UUGAAAAAUGGAUUCCCGUGUCUCUUUCUUCUCUAAUAUGCUCCCCUCACACGCACUCUCUCUCUCUCUGCACUGAAUCUACUGAACCCAUGGCGGAUCAACAAGUGAACUUGUCCGUCACAGAACUUAAACCGCUUCACCCACUUCACCAGAUCGCAGAAAGCCCAACCCACAAACUCCUCCUCAAGCAAUGGCUCAAAGAAGAAGAACUGAUCCUCGGCCGGAUUGCUCUGAAGGAAACCCAAAUCGAUACUGUUCGUAAAGAGAUCACCCAACUGUACUGCUUCUUCUUCCUCUUCCAUUCCACAGCGCUUGUCCUCCUCUUCAGUGCGGCAUCGAGGGACCCACAUGGUGGGGCAUGCCAUAGAUCCUGGAUCCCAUCCCUCUGCUCUCUCCUUUGUUCUUUGGCAAUCAUCUGGGCCAUCAGAUACAAGACUGAUGUCGAGGGCCACACUGAGAAGCUACUGGAGCGAGAGAAAGAAGACGCGAAGCUUUUGACGAAAUGCGUUGAGGAGUUGAAGAAAAAAGGAAUGGAGUUCGAUUUGUUGAAAGAAGUGGAUGCGCUGAGGAGGGCUAAGAGCUUGAGGGUCGAGGCUAAAGUGGUAAGAAAAUGGUCGGCUAGGGACUUCGUCACCCUAUUCUUUUUUGCUGUUUCUUGCUUGGUUCUGGUUCUUACAAGGGUUGUUAUAUGUAAUUAGUUAUUGAAUGGAAGAGUUAUUUCGGGAUCCGUUGCUUCUUCUGGAUUCCGUUUAUGUACUCUUUCUUUGAUUCAUUUCUGUUUUCCUUUUCUUGUAUUCUUGAAUAUUUGACGAUUUAAGAAAAUGGGGAAUAUUUUGGGGAUUUUUUGGGGUCAUGGACAGGUGAGAAAAGCAGAAUAUUUUGUUCUGCUUCUGUUAGUGUAUGGAGCCCAUAUUGAGGAAUCAUGAAAUAAAAAUAUGUUAUUAUUUCACUUC